AUGCCGCUAUUUUUCAUCAAGUGCAAAGAUCUGAACCGCCAGGCCUGUACCAUUGCGGAGGAGGUGGUGGGGGAGUCUGACGUGCUGAUUUGCGGCGCGCUGUCUCCCACCCCGUCCUACACGGAGGGCAAAGGAAAGGAGGCCGUACAGCGGGAGUUCAGUAAACAAGUGGAGGCUUUCGUGGAACAUGAUGUAGACUUCCUAUUGGCUGAAUUUCUAGGCUACAUAGAAGAAGCUGAGUGGGCUAUUGAGCUGCUGAAGUCCACGGGAAAGCCGGUAGCGUGUACCCUACGUACCGGGCCUGUCGGUGACAACAGCGGCGUACCACCGGGAGAAUGUGCCGUCAGGAUGGCCAGGGCCGGUGCGGACGUGAUCGGCGUGAACUGUAAGUUUGACCCGACCACGUGCCUGAAGACCGUACGGAUGAUGAAGGAGGCGCUGGACCAGGAGGGACUGUCCCCGUUCCUGAUGGUCCAGCCGGUGGGGUUCCACUGUCCGGAGGUGGAGAUGGAACAUGAUGGGUACGCGAUGCUGCCGGAGAAUCCGUUCGCACUGGAACCCCGUCAACUGACCCGGUUUGACGUCCACAAGUUUGCGCGCGCCGCCUAUGAGCUGGGAGUGAGGUACAUCGGCGGCUGCUGUGGGUUUGAACCUCACCACAUCCGGGCUAUAUCUGAAGAGCUGAGUGCUGAACGUGGCGGGAAGCUUGGUGAAGGCAGCAAGAAGCACGUCCCCUGGGGAGGGGCCCUGACGAGCAGUGUCCUCGGAACGAACAGAACAAAGGCCAGUCGGGACCACUGGGAGAGAGUGCAGCCUGCGUCAGGUCGCCCUGGACAUCCCAACCUGCAGCCGAAACUUAUGGACUAGCCCGUUCACCUAACCAAACCCAAUUGACUGUAACUAGCCCUCUUGCUGUCGGCAUUUUGCAGGUCAUUAGCUGUACAUGUAUCGCAGUAUCUACAUGUUUGUAGCUAGUAUAACACCCUUUGGCAUACACACCAUACCGAGGGCGCGAGAGCAGCUGGUCAUAUACUAGUACCAUGGAACGAACUGUCAUAACUUAUCUUUACCCAUCUCACUGUAAGCGUUGUUAAAGCCACCUAGUGAGGAUGUCCCUACAGUACUAGGCGGAAACGAGUUAAGCGCCACGUUUUUUAACAUCUCAAUUAUGGCAUGACUAUUUUCCAUGUUCUAUUCUAAGCUUGUAUUAGAUUACAGUCUAAUGUACACUGCAUUCAGUUAUUUCGUACAUCGAUCAUACUCCUGCUGACAAUUUUCCUGUGUCCUCGAACGACAUCCACUGUUGAUCUGCUUCCAUUUUGGUGACACUACUAUCCAUGUCGACUUGACAUCCUAUGACUCCAGUCGGACAACCAAAGCCUUUGUUGACAGUUGUCAGGACAACAGUCGCUACAAGGUGAGCCACUGAGAAGUGACCUCAGCACCAAGGACAGCACCAAACCACUUCAUUUUGAAAAUAGCUGUUAUCACCAAACCAAAAUGUCAUAAUUACAAUGAAAUCAAACUACUCAUUGGAAUCCAUUUUAAAAUCAAAUUGAUUCAUCAUAAUAGCAUCUUUUUGCCGUCUUACUAUACUGUUUUACUACAGGUAGACUACUAAGUUAAAUAUAAUUUUGCGGUUUGUGGGUUAUAAUUCCCUACCAAGG